AACAGCUGCAUAGUGAGUGAUUUGCAAACAUUGAAAGCAAGGCAUUUCGUCCGGCUAACAAUUGGCUAACUCAGCUAAUCAGAUUUCUAGAAAGAAAGAAGCUACCAAACUAACAUCCCAUAGAUAUUAUUAGUUACUAUAGUGAUUGCUGGCACACAAUAAGAAUACCUGACGAAGUCUGAACAUAAUGGUUUUGCCUGUCAGGACAAUUCCUCUGUGUGAAUCACAAGAAAUCAACUGAUCAAGUUAAUGCCCCAUUACCUGGCAGUGACUGGCAAGCCUCGACUGCUUCUCUUGUACAGGAUGGAUCAUACGGGUGUACUGAAACUCUUAGUAUACGCACUGUGCUGAAAUUUAAGAAGUCUGUUAGGAAAAUUUGGCAAGUUCCAUGGUAGUGUUCCAAGUGUUAAGAGUAUGUCCUUCAUGAGAAUUUCAAAUGAAUGACAAUUCUUUCACAUGUCUCGUAACUUUCAACAUAUUGUUUCAUACAAGCUUAAAACUGAAACUAAAUAAUAAAGAAAUAGCCAAGUAAAUUCCUGCUGACAUGCCUACCCACCCAUUGAUCCCAUAUGUGGAAAGUCCUGAUGGACUAGGUCAUGACAUUCACAGCCACAGCAAUGCAAGCAUGCCUGGUACUGGAUCUAGCAUGACGCCCCACACCAGCGUGGUGGAAAAACCAGACACGUUGGCAGAAAGUAGCCUACCUCUAGAGUGCAUGUUUUGCGAGGAGACUUUCCUGCAUCAGGAAGACCUGGGACCACACCUUCUUUCCCAGCAUCCCACAACAUUCCAUGCUCCCGCAGUGUUGCGUGUGGAAGCGGAAUUCUUAACUCCCAGCGAAAGGGCUCGUUCUAAAACCUGCCCAGCUGUGGAAAAGAAUGAGGAGCUCUGUUGCGUUGUGUGCGUCCAGGCCGUUGCAGAUGCAACCGAGCUGGAAACGCACAUGCGGAAACACAAGGACUCUUUCACGUACUGCUGCGGCCUCUGUGGACGUCGUUUCAAAGAGCCAUGGUUCCUAAAAAACCACAUGAGAACCCAUGGCGGAAAAGCUAAACACAAAAACCAGGACCUGGAGAGCCCAGCCACUGUUAAUGAGGUCAUCCAAGACCAGCCCCCAUCACCUGUGCUCACGUCGUACAAAAUGUGCAUGGUAUGUGGCUUCUUUUUCCUGAACAAGGAAGUUCUGGCUGAGCACAGCAAGGUCCACAAUCGUGAACUGGAAGUGGAUGAGAACGUCUCCUCCGACAGCCACCCUGCUGAGGAGGUUCCUGUCUCUCAGAAGGCAUUUUUGCAGACCCUACAAUUGCUUCCUUCGGGUGCGAGAGAAGAAGCUGAACGGAAUCAUCCAUCUGGACGCUGGAUAUCCCAACUUGAUCCUUUCAACACCUACCAGGCCUGGCAGUUGGCCACCAGAGGCAAGAUCGCAGCAGGUCCGAACUUGGCCAAGGAGCUCAAUGCAGACUCCAACUCUGACAACGAGGACUCUGGUUCUGAAAAAGAGGAACUGGGGGCCAUUUGGGCUUCUGGCGGUGGAGAUAAACCUAGGCGAGGCCUACGAAGUGAACUCAAGCCUAGCGAGACUCCUUCCCCAUCACCUGAGCAAAAGAGUCUGAUUCGUAAGGACAAGCCAACAAACUGCGAAGAGUGCGGCAAGAUCUUCAGGACGUACCAUCAGUUGGUCCUCCAUUCUCGAAUCCACAAGAAGGAACGAGGGGGAGCAGAGAGUCCCACCAUGCCUGUAGAUGGGAGGGCCCAAAGCGUAGGCUCUUGUAGUAGUUCAUCUCUUGACAGAGCAGAGGAGUACUCAGAGGAUGGCUCAGAAGAGGGAGUGCCAGUUGACGCCUUUAAUCCAGAAAAUAUUGAGGAAGGAUCGGGAAAAAUUAAGCUGAAAAUUCUUGCUCCAAGAAAAUGCAGUUACUGUGGCAAGACUUUCCGCUCGAACUAUUACCUCAAUAUUCAUCUCAGGACACAUACUGGUGAAAAACCUUAUAAAUGUGAAUACUGUGACUAUGCCGCAGCACAGAAAACAUCUUUGAGGUACCAUCUAGACAGACGUCACAAGGACAAACCUUUCACAGAAAUCCCGAACAUUCCUGCAACAUCGUCUGCAAGAAGUAUCAUCAAGGCCAUUGAACCUCCCAAGAAUGUAAAUGAGAAACAAGCCUUAAAACCAGCCAAACAAUGGCUUGCUCCUAAACCUCUGCCUGCCAGUGUUAAACAUGAACCUGGCAUGAGCAAAGCCGUUAUUAACAGCACAAGUCCUUCCAUUCAAGUCAAGAAAGAGUAUGUUAGUUCUCCCGGCGCAGCUCCUUACACCCCUGUGGGUGAGGUCAACAAAAAAUACCCGUUACCGGUAAACCCGAAGAUGGAGAAGGAGGCUACCGAAGGACCUUUGAAUUUGUCCCUCAAAGUGCCACUUCCUGUAUCUGCUACCUCAGUACCCAGAAACCCGUUAUCGACCAACAUGUGUACCUCUUGCUCCUAUGAAACCCUUUACCCUGAGGUUCUCUUGAUGCAUAAAAAGCUCAUCCACAAGAAGUUGGAUGUCAAGAAGAAUGGAUACAGGGGACCUCAGAAACAGAAACGGUACACUGGUUGCCCGCCGGCUCUUGAGGGCAAAGAUGUCACUCCUUUGCCUCACAUCAACAGGAAGCAUCCCCGUCGGACCGCAUCCCCAUUGCGCCAGCCAGAAAAACUUGGGGAGAAGCUUCCGAAACAACCUCAGAUGUCUAAGAUUUCUCCUGCGAAAGAUCACUGGAGGGAUCAGCACCAGGAGGGCCAAAGGGGCAGGGAAUCGGAUGCAACCAGCUCGCUUUCUAGAAUCUCAGAGCAAGAAUCUAGCAGAAAAUUAAAAGUGCCUUUGGUAAUUGAUCGAGAGUUCUUCAAGCAGAGGCCUGGCCUGAAUCAGGAGAUGAAUCGGAGGGCAAGCAUGGGCAAAAACGGAAUGGUUUGGCCCACAGAUCCAGCUAGACUUUGCCUUUCGGACCGUUUCCGAAACAUGACGCAAACGGACGUCGGCGAACCCUCUAGCAAGAGACACAAGUCCUUUGAGCCUCUACAUACUGCAUCUGGACGGCUUGGAGAGGAUUUCAACCGAAUCGUGCCCUCCAGCAGAAAUGCGAAAACCUCGUUGCAGGCGAACUCGCCCUUGGGUUCGGUUAAGGUGACUCCCACUGCAUCUCCCAACAGCAUGCAGGCUGACUGGAAUGUCAUCAACCUGCUCCGCACCUACACGCCCAACAACCUGGCCUCACUCUAUCACCCCACCACUGCAGGUUCCAGCCAUGCUGUCAUGGCCUCACCGGUCACUGCUUCGAAAUACGUAGAUAAAACGCUGAUGGCGACGGUGGGGUCCUUGGCCGGAAGAAAAGUUUAAGUGAUUUGAUGUUGCUCACUGUUCUUCAGACACUACCGCUGAAGGGAUUGACGUGUUGGAAGGAUGUACUGUGUGGAUACGGGCCUGAGCUCUGCUCUAUCCUUGGCUGCAAGGCAGAACGAACUUGGACUGCAGCCUUGAACAGUGUUGUUUUGAUUCAAUUUGCAUUCCAUUAUGGCAAUAGAUUCAUCUGCGGUGCACUUAACACAAAGCUGAACGUCAGACGCACUCCGUGCAUGACAGUUGACUUGUGAAUCUGUUGUGGGUCGGUGGUUUAUGAUGAUGGCCUCAAUACUAAUAAUCAAACCACAAGCCCAGCAAGUGCCUCCAUUUACUUUUUAUUAAAAGCCUAAAUACACGAGUGGAUGGCACUGACCAAAUAAACAAAGAGGGGCGCUGUGUUUUUUUGCUUUCCUCUAAUCGUGUCUGUAUUGUUAAUGUUUAACAUCUCUUUUGCAGGUCAACUUUAUGCUAUGCACAGAACGGGAAGUCGAUAGUUUCCGAAGUUAGAAACUUUCUCAUUUGUAUAAAAUCUAGCUGCUGUGUUACCGUCUCUGAUGCGAGACUUCUGAAGCAAUGGUGACGUACUGUACUGUUGUAUAGGUACAUUUAAAAGUAAAAUAAAGAAAUGCAGGGACUGCGUGGAACCUCUUUCACUGUGACAAAGACAUUCAACGGGAUCCUCAGGAUUGAUGAGAAACAUAACUGUGAUGUUUGCGCCUCCACUGCUGAGCAGUUUCUGCCAAAUAUGUGGUGAGCAUUUUUGAUGUGAUUGUUACGUUUUCAUACACCAGAAUUGUUUUGUUAUUGUCUUUUUUUUUUCUUUUUUACUUAAUAAUCAAGUGUAUUUAUUUUCAGGCAAGUGUGUUGCUUUAUUAGGUUGUAUGUGGAACAGUGACUAAAGCUCGUCGUGGUUUCUGUUACUGUCUGAGUUCAGUAUACUAACUCUGAAGAUGUUUGGAGAGUUAACUUAUUUUGUAAUAUUUAAGGGGCUUUCAUGAGCUGAAGCAAAUGCAUCAUAUUUCAUUGAUGAUAAACUUGAACCGUUUUAUUUUUUUUCCGUUUGCUUCACACCACAAUGAUGAAUCGCCCCUUAUUUAGUUUUCUUGUGAGUCAUAGAUCAGUUAGGCUGAGUGAUAAUGGAUUUCUAAUCGACUUUGGUCAAAAACCAACGCUGCUUCAUGCUAAACGCAGGUUCGAUCUGUCUUUCUGGUUUUUGUCCUCGCUCCCGCUCAGUAUUUUGAUUCACACCGAAUUGGGUUUGUGUAGGUAGUUUGGUUUAAAAUGUAGUGGCCACCAAGUGUUUGUAGUUGUGCUUUUUUUCUCUAGGGUGUACCUGUUCCCGUUUUAAAUUUUUCUUUUGCACUUUCACUUAUGACUUUCUCUUUAGAGUUCCAUUCUUGUGGUCAGGUUGUGUCAAAGGCGUGCAAAAAUAAUGAAGCCAAGAUGCUUUUUCUCCCCGCUCGUCUCAUCCAAUGUUUCAUGGACGAUGCUGUUAUUUUUGGUCUUUAACAGAAUGUGUAAUUUGGAUUUCCAAUCUUGUAACCUUGUUAUUAAGCCAGGUGUAUUUCAGGGCUCAGGCCCUCUCUAGAGGCAGAAUAAAGCAGUUGUGCAAACUGGGAGAAAA